AUGUUCAAUGUUGUGCAUAUUGAUGAAAAGUGGUUUUACAUGACUAAAGAAUGUGAAAAGUAUUAUCUUUAUCAUCAAGGAGAACAACCUCUUAGGACAUGUAAGAGCAAAAAAUUCAUUGUGAAAGUUAUGUUCCUAGCUGCUAUUGCUCGAACACGUUUUGAUUGCUCUGGUAACCCAACAUUUGAUGAAAAAAGUGGGAUUUUCCCUUUUGUAUUUAAAGAACUUGCAAAAAUGAGUAGUAAAAAUCAUAUGCCACGGGAUGGUGGUAGUGUUACUGAAAUUUUGAUCCAACAAGAUAAUGGAAAACCACAUAUUGAUCCUACUGAUCCUAAAUUUAUUGAAACUGCUUCUAGGGAUGGAUUUGAUAUUCACUUGUCAUUUCAGCCUCCUAACAGUCCGGACAUGAAUAUUCUUGACUUAGGAUAUUUUAGAGCUAUACAGUGCUUACAACAUCAAGAAGCACCCGUGUCAAUUGAUGAGCUAAUUCUUGCUGUGAAAAAGUCAUUUGAUCAAUUAUCAAGUGAAAGUCUGAACAAUGUUUUCUUAACAUUGCAAUCUUGUAUGGUAGAGGUGAUGAAAAAUCUUGGGGGACAUAAUUAUAAAGUGCUACACAUUGGGAAGCACCAUUUAAUGAAAGAAGGUUGUCUUCCACUAUAA